AUGCCGCCCUUCUCACGUAUUGCAACUGCUGUUAUAGCAGCUGCUACAGCUUUCCGGACUUGUCUUGCUCAAGAUGCCGUCCCGUACAUCGAUCCAGACACCGGGAUAGAGUUUGGAACAUGGGCUUCGGGUGGACAGACGUUUGGCCUAACUCUUCCUGAAGAUGCUUUGACUAAUGAUGCAUCGGAAUACAUUGGUAUACUCCAAUGCUCAAAUGGAUGGUGCGGUGUAUCCCAUGGCGAAUCAGGACAGAUGACACAAGCCUUAUUGCUCAUUGCGUGGCCUUACAAUGGCGAAGUUUUAACGUCUUUCCGGUUUGCAACUGGAUACAACAUGCCGGAUGUCUAUAGCGGAAACGCAACUCUGACACAGAUCUCGUCGAAAGUCAACGACACUGGCUUCGAGGUCAUAUAUCGAUGCCAGAAUUGCUUCUCCUGGGAUCAAGAUGGCACCAGCGGCCACGUUGAAACUAGCAGCGGGACGCUUAUCUUGGGACGGGCUUCGGCUUCAACUGUUCCUUCUAACCCGGAGUGUCCUGCUGAAAUUUCCUUUAGACAACACGAAAGCUUCGGGCAAUUCGGUGCUCCUCUAGAGGGCAUUACAAAAGCCCAGUAUCCAGAUUGGGCUGCAUUGGCCACGAAAACCGUCCCUGGCGAAUGUGGUGGCGAUAACGCACCACCACCGGCGACUCCUGUUUGUGCUAAGGAGAUGGCUAACCAGACAUUCGACUACAUUGUCGUUGGUGCCGGAGCUGGUGGUAUACCCAUUGCAGACCGCCUGAGCGAAAAGGGUCACAGCGUUCUGUUGAUUGAGAAAGGUCCGCCGUCCGCGGGAAUGUGGGGUGGCAAUAUGAAGCCGCUCUGGCUCGAGAAGACAGACCUCACGCGAUUCGAUGUUCCGGGCCUAUGCAAUCAGAUUUGGGUCGAUUCGGAUGGCGUAGCUUGUCUCGAUACCGAUCAAAUGGCCGGAUGUGUUCUCGGUGGAGGCACAGCUGUCAAUGCCGGUUUAUGGUGGAAGGCGAAUCCGAAAGACUGGGAUGAGAAUUUCCCUCCUGGGUGGCACGAUUCUGAUCUCUCGGAAGCUACCGAUCGAACAUUCACACGCAUUCCAGGAACUACGAAACCAUCUCAAGAUGGCGAAGUAUAUAUGCACCAAGGAUUUGACGUCAUCUCUAACGGGUUAUCGAAGGCGGGAUGGAAGAAUGUACCAGUUCCGAAUGAUGCUCCGACUCAGAAAAACCACAGCUAUGGUGCUACGACAUAUAUGUUUUCUGGAGGCGAGAGAGGUGGGCCCCUGACUACCUACCUAGCUACGGCUGCCAAGCGCGAUAACUUCGCGCUCUGGAUGAACACUCCGGUCAGAAGAGCUCUUAGAACAGGCGGCCACAUCACCGGAGUUGAGCUAGACUGUAGGGUGGAAGGGGGUGGAUUUGGUACCGUCGACGUUACCGCUAAUACUGGACGCGUCAUUGUUUCUGCAGGGACGUUCGGCUCGGCCAAAUUCCUCCUAAGAAGUGGCAUUGGUCCAGCAGACCAACUCGAGGUUGUUGCUGCUUCAGCUUCUGAUGGGAAGACUUUUAUUGAUAAAGAAUCUUGGAUUAAUCUGCCAGUCGGUUAUAACUUGAUGGACCAUGUUAACACUGAUACCUAUUUCACACACCCGGAUGUCGUAUUCUACGACUUCUACAAGGCAUGGACGACACCAAUUCCCUCCGACAAGCAGAAAUAUCUUGCAAACCGUACCGGUAUCCUUGCACAAUCUGCUCCUAACAUUGGUCCUGUGUUCUGGGAUGAAAUCACGGGCGCGGAUGGAGUAGUCCGUCAAAUCCAGUGGACAGCCCGUGUCGAAGGUGCCGAUCAGACAAACAGCACCAAUACCAUGAUUAUGAGUCAAUACCUCGGUAGAGGCCAAGUAUCCCGAGGCCGAAUGACUAUCAAUCCUGGAUUGAGUACGGUUGUCUCAACGCCGCCUUACCUUCGGGACCCCAACGAUAAGGCAGCUGUUAUCCAAGGUAUUGAGAAUUUGAGAAGCGCCUUAAGCACAGUCAAGGAUCUGGUGUUCCAAUUGCCAAAAUCAAACCAAACCACGGAAGCCUAUGUUGAUGCCAUCGAGGUGACCGCUGCCAAGCGUCGUUCAAACCACUGGAUGGGAACGGCCAAGUUAGGUCCAGAUGAUGGCCGUGAGGAGAAUGGCACGUCUGUCGUUGAUCUCAACACCAAGGUCUAUGGUACCGACAACCUCUUCGUCGUUGAUGGGUCUAUCUUCCCGGGUAUGGUCACCGGAAAUCCAUCGGCUAUGAUUGUAACCGCAGCUGAAUUUGCUGCCGAGAAGAUCUUAGGUUUGGAACCGAGUGUUUCGGCGAAGGUCACGAAUAACACUGGCGGACAGAUCAUAACGCUACAGACCAGUCGAGCCUAA